ACAACCAACACAACAGUGAGUGAGUGAGACGGGCUGGGUGGGGUUCAAAGUAACUCCAGAGUUUAUAAUCAAAAUGUUCAAUAUUCUCUCCACCAUCGUCUUUUCGGCGCUUUUCACAGCAGCAUCCAGCAUCUGGUGUUAUAGAUGUGUUGGUUCUCAUCCUGGCUGUGGCUUGUAUGACUUUGACUGGCGGUAUUAUUGGAGCCACAGCUGCCCUGACCCAAAUGACAAAUGUGUUAAGGUCAUAGAACAGAAAGGAGUGGAGCUCAUGGUGACCCGUGACUGUUUGAGUUAUCUUGAAGGUCACCGACGAGACAUCCCAGCUGACCGAUACGAAGGAUGCCGCACUGCUGCCGCAGAUCCUCUCGUUGGACAAUAUAUUUUUCCUUCCAUCCCUGAGAUUGACCACAAGAGGGAACACUACACCAACGUCACCUUCUGUUUCUGUGACUUUGACGAGAGAUGCAACAGUGCCUCCAGCGUGAUGUUCAGUGUCUUGUUACUAAUUGGUCUGACAUUUCCUCACCUCACCCUUUGGGGAUAGAAUUUUGUUAUAUAUGGCUAUGUAUUUACAUGCCGUUAAUGUACUAAGAUGUGUUCCGUAUCUUCUUUUAUAUCAGUCACCAUUGUAAGAGCGGUUUAGUUUUCAAUAAAAGAUGUGAAAAGAUGUACGUAUGUCCUUUGAAAUUAGUUUAUUUAGUGUAUUUAAUUUGAAUUUUAUAUUGGUUCAAUGUAGCUUCUAAUAUAUUGUAAUCUUAUAAUAUUUUGUAAUUAUACAAUACAAAAAAGUUUUGAGUUAAUAUUCUAAUUGGAGAAGUAUUGUUGUUCACAUGGGAGACGGUCUCUCCUCCAGGGUUGAAAUCAGGGUGUGGGUUUGAGGUCAGGGAAGUGAUUGUAAUCUUGUUUCAUCCACUGUAUAUCCUGCAUUUUGUUAUUAAUUUAUUCUCCAUCAUUUAUGGUGAAUACCAAGUGAUACAUCUGUGAAUGGAGGAAGAGCCUUAUUGUAAGAUUAAGAUUGAUAAUUUACUAAAUCAGUUGGGCCACAAGGCCGUGCAGCGUCAUUGUCUGUUCUCUUUGUUUUAUUGUGAACUAUCAGCCAGAGGUUGGAAGGAGUGUCUACAUAUCCUGGUCUGUUAACCACAACCGUUAUUUCAGAACGUGAGUCUGAUUAAUGGGCCGAGGAGUUGGAGCACUGCUGAAAGAGGAAGGUUAUUCAGUAGUGGCCAUGACAAUUUGGACACAGAUAGCAUGUUGGCUUGAUGGUUCUGAUGUGGCAAUAUGUACAUUAUCAGUAAAGAGAAGAUAAUACGACAGAGAUGAUGUAGUUCAAAACACCCCAGGAUUUCAGACUGAAGUGCUGUUUAUGUCUUGUGUCUGACAUUUUCUUGCUGCUCAGUAUUUAUUGUAUACAGUAUUAAAUUUUAUAACUUGCACCUCAUUUUUCAAGAUGUGGCUGCGAUUGAAAUUAAAUUACUUUUUUUACUUCUUGUUUACUUUAAAUAUUCAGCAGUAAUUUGUUUUAUCUUCUUUUCUUCCUUUAGAACUACUAUACCAAGUCUAAUAUAAAUAGGUAGCCUUGAAUAUUUUAUCCCUCUUUUAUACUGGGAACAAUUUUAGUGAAAUGAUCCGUCCAUUCAUUGUCACACAUCUGUCCAUACUUCUCAUGUUGUUUAAGGUAAAAAAAAUUGGAAGCUUUAUCACCUCUUGUAUGUAAGUGAUGGUAGCUACUUAAUGGCAGUGAAUCUCUUCCUUUUGCAUUGAGAGGUAUUGAUGUCUGUAUAUACGGUGAUAAUCAUUAGCUUUUUACCUAAUAACUUUGGGUGAAUGAAGUACCUGAAAUCCAUAGAAAGCUCAAGCUUUUGUUUAUUGAUAAUUUUUGACUGAAAUAUAGGAUAUCUGACUUGACAUCCACAAAAAAUCUGCUGAAAAAAAAGAUCAGACAGGAUGACUGAAAACUCAGAAUGUCGAGUUGCUAGUUGAAGAAAGUUUGAUCAAAGAUUUCAUAAGAAAAAAGUUGUGAAUACAGUACAAGUUGUUACAGCUGUCUUCCACAAUGUAGUUAAACCUCACUAACUUGAAUAUUGUAUUGUAUAAAUUUGAACCUGUUUCCGAAGUUUGAAAUUCCAAGCAACCUCCUAAUAAUUUGGCUGUUGUUCAGAUUUCUGGCCUUAACUACCUACACACAGACCCUACCAAGUGAGCUAGCAGUUAGGUCUUAGAGCAGUAGUGCACAUAAACUCUUGGCCUUAUUUUGAACUUUUUAAUUACUUUUGUGCUGAAAUAAUGUACAGUAUAGUAGUAAUUAUAAAUAUCAUGAAUUUAUGUGGUGAAACCCCAGUGAAAAAUUUUAACAUAGUACAGUACCUGUGAAGAAAAUACAUUUAUGUCAUAUUACUUUCCAAAAAUAAUAAUGGGAAACAUAAAAUGCAGCCACUCACUUACCUUACGGAAUUUCCUCACACAAGCAGAAUACUGGACAGGUAACCCUCAAUAUACGAACGUUUAAGAUAAGAAAAAUUCGCUUAUAUGAAUUUCCUAAGCUACCACCUUUUUAGUUUUACAAAAGCUUUCCCCGCUUAUACAAAUUUUUAUCCUGGCAAAAAUUCAAAUAGCACACCCCUGGGAUUCAGCUGGGGUGGCCACUUCCUCAUAGCGCUCUCUCUACCAGGCUGAGGAAGUUAUGUUAUGGAUAUUUUUCAACUUGUAAUUUCAGUUAUAUAAACAUAACUUUUUUAUGUUUUUCAUUCAGUUACAUGCACACACAAUCCUACAUACAGAAUGUGAAGAAAAAAAUAAAUAAAAAGAUUAUUAUAAGGUCAAAAAGGAAUUUUGUGCACCAGUGAGAGUUAUCAGGAUGAGCUGGGGAGAGUUAUGUUAUCAUUACAAUAUUAAAUUUAUAAUUUUGGGUAGAUAAACUUAACUUUACUUCUUUUACUCGGUUACAUGCACACACAAUCCUGUAUACUUACUGUGUAAAAAAGGUUAAGGAAAUAACGAUUAUCAGGUCAAAAACAUGAAGGGAAUAGUCAUUUCAUUGUAUGCAGGACCUGGAGGGGGAGCAUUCUAGCCAGGCAGUGUUGCUUAUGGCAACAGUUAAGGGUUUACACACGUAAAGCAGCCAGUGUCUAUGCAAAUGGUGCCUUUGGUAGCUGUUAGCUUUGAUUUAGCUUUUCCUUAAUAGUUUUAAUUGUAUAUUUUCAUAUAGAUAGUAUUUUAUUAAUGUGUUAGGUACUAAAUUACAUUAAUUUUACUAUUUAUCAUUCAUUACUUUUUUUGUAUUUUUAACUGAUUUCGUGGUUUGAGUGUAUUAUUUGAGAUACAAAAAUUCAUUUAACUUUUUUGGGGGGGGGAACCUAACCCAUUCGUAUAUCGAGGGACACCUGUACCUAUACAUAUAUAUUUUUUUAAUCCUAUUAUGCAUGUGAUACCUUUUAUGGUCAGCCCUCAAGGCAAGUGAUAAACAAAUUAGGCAAACAAAUUUAUUAAAAGAAUAAUGAGUUCACGUUUAUGUAAAAAAAAAAAGGAUCAUAUCUGCAUACUAAUUUAUCUAUUGAAAUAUGGAAGUGCCACGGUCAUGUUAAGGUGCAUGUCAACCAUUUAUACAUUCAUAGAAACAUGUACUAAGCCAGACCCAAGUUAAUGAAAAAGAAUUAAAAGAUUUUUUUCUUCAUUA